AUGCCUUCUCAAGUCAGAACUCUUUACGACAAGGUUUUCGAGGACCAUAUUGUCCAUAAGGACGACUCUGGAUCGUACUUGAUAUAUAUUGAUCGUCAUUUAGUCCAUGAGGUCACAUCUCCACAAGCUUUCGAAGGUUUAAAAAAUGCCGGCAGAAGUGUCAGAAGACCCGACUGUACUUUGGCCACGGUAGACCACAAUAUUCCUACGAUUUCAAGAAAGAACUUUAAGAAUGUCGAUACUUUUAUUGAACAAGAUGAUUCCAGACUCCAGGUGAUGACUUUGGAAGAAAAUGUGAAAGACUUUGGUUUGAAGUAUUUCGGAAUGUCGGAUUCCAGACAAGGUAUUGUCCAUAUUGUUGGUCCUGAACAAGGUUUCACCUUGCCAGGAACCACUGUUGUGUGUGGUGACUCACAUACUUCAACCCAUGGAGCAUUUGGUGCAUUGGCAUUUGGUAUUGGUACCUCUGAAGUGGAACAUGUUUUGGCUACCCAAAGUCUUAUUCAAGCCAAGUCCAAGAACAUGAGAAUCAGUGUGAACGGCAAGUUGCGUGAGGGUAUCACCUCGAAAGAUUUGGUGCUUCACGUCAUUGGAGUUAUUGGAACUGCUGGCGGUACUGGCUGUGUCAUAGAAUUUGCUGGAGAAGCCAUUGAAGCAUUAUCGAUGGAGGCUCGAAUGUCCAUUUGCAACAUGUCCAUUGAGGCUGGGGCUCGUGCUGGUAUGAUUAAACCUGACGAAGUGACCUUUGAGUACAUUAAAGGUCGUCCUUUGGCACCAUCUGGUGCUGAAUGGGACAAGGCUGUUGCUUAUUGGAAGACAUUACAUUCUGAUCCUGGUGCCUACUUUGACCAUGAUAUCCAAAUUGAUGCCGCAGACAUAGUUCCUACAAUUACCUGGGGUAAUUCUCCACAAGAUGCCUUACCAAUUACUGCCAAGGUACCAGACCCAUCCAAAGUCACCGACCCCAUUAAGAAAGCUGGAAUGGAACGGGCACUUCAAUACCAAGGCUUGACCCCCAAUACCCCAUUAAAAGACAUCUCUAUCGACAAGGCGUUCAUUGGAUCUUGUACCAAUUCUCGUAUUGAAGAUUUGAGAGCCGCUGCAAAGGUUGCGAAAGGUCAUAAGAAGGCCGACAAUGUCAAGUUGGUUUUGGUUGUUCCAGGAUCUGGUCUUAUCAAGGCCCAGGCCGAAAAGGAAGGUUUGGACAAGAUUUUCGAACAAGCAGGUUUCGAAUGGAGAGAAGCUGGCUGCUCAAUGUGUCUUGGAAUGAACCCAGAUAUCUUGGACCCACAAGAAAGAUGUGCUUCUACCUCCAACAGAAACUUCGAAGGUCGUCAAGGUGCUGCCUCAAGAACCCACUUGAUGUCUCCUGCUAUGGCUGCAGCCGCUGCUAUUAAGGGCCAUUUCACUGAUAUUCGUGAGUUCGACUACGACACUACAGAAGAAGCAGCCGUUCCAAUUGGCACAGAAGAGGACAAGGCUCUUCAAGAUGCCGUAUAUGCUCACGAAAAGGAGCCUGUUACGGACUCCGCUGAGAUGAUCAACGAUGUUCCAGUCGACACCCAAGAGCCAGAACCAAAAAAAUUCAAGGUUUCCGAAAAUGCUGAAGACGGUGCUUCGGGAAUGCAACAGUUCACUGAACUCACUGGAAUUGCUGCUCCUCUCGACAAGGCUAAUGUGGAUACCGAUGCUAUUAUUCCUAAGCAAUUCUUGAAAACCAUUAAGAGAACUGGUCUUAAAUCGGGAUUGUUUUACGAAUUGAGAUUCACUAAAGACAAAAACGGCAACGAUGUGGAAACUGAUUUUGCAUUGAAUGUUGAACCUUACAGAAAAGCCGAGGUGUUGGUGGUUACCGGUGACAACUUUGGUUGUGGUUCGUCCAGAGAACAUGCUCCAUGGGCCUUGAAAGAUUUUGGUAUCAAGUGUAUGAUUGCUCCAUCAUUUGGUGAUAUUUUUUACAACAAUUCGUGCAAAAAUGGAUUGCUUCCUAUCAGAUUGCCAGCUGAAGAUAUUGCUUCCAAGUUGUACCCUGUGGCUCAGGCUGGUCAGAAGUUGACAAUUGACUUACCCAACCAACAAAUAAAACAUGGUGAAACCGGCGAAGUUUUGAUACCUCAUUUUGAGAUUGAACAGUUCAGAAAGCACUGUUUGGUGAAUGGCUUGGAUGAUAUUGGCUUAACUUUGCAGAAAGAAAAGUAUAUCCAGGAGUACGAGAAGAAGAGAAAAGACAAGUUUUCUUUUAUGGAAGGAGGUUCUGAUUUGAUCAAGCCUAUCAAAGGAACCAAGAAGUCCGUCUACGGUAACAAGGCUGUUGAAUGGUAA